CUAUCAUGUUUCCUUCGAUCUGCCACUCUCUUUCCUAGCUCAUCCCAUCAAUACCUCCUCCUAAAAAGUUUCAUUCUCUCUCUCUAUAUAUAACUCUAUAUAUAUAUAUACACACACAGUAUAUACUCUGUGUCUGUUUCUCGUUCUAUAUAUCUCAACACAUAGUCACUUUGGAUAAGCAGCAUCACAAUGGAGGCAGAAAAGUUAUGCACCAAUAGGGAAAGGGUGAUUAGAGAGCUAAUUAAAGGCCGAGACUGUGCUACCCAACUCCAAAUCUCACUUCACAAGUCCUUUGGAGACCAUGGACGCUCUCUGUGUGACGAACUUGCGGUGAAAAUAUUGAGAUCUUUCACUGACACUCUCUCUGUCCUCAGUUCUUGUGAUUUAACCGAAAUUUGUCAGAUUCCGGCGUCUACCCAAGUGGAGUCUCCUUGUUGUGGUGACCGGAGGUCUGAAGAGUCCGGCGAGAGUGUUAAGAGGCCGGGGACUACAGAUCAGAGAGGUCGCUACAAGAGAAGAAAGGCUUCACAAUCAUGGAUCAUAGUCUCUCCCACAAUUGAAGAUGGUUAUGCAUGGAGGAAAUAUGGACAAAAGGAGAUUCUCAAAGCCAAAUACCCAAGGUGCUACUUUAGGUGUACACACAAGCGCAGCCAAGGUUGCCGAGCAAUUAAACAAGUCCAGAUAACUGAAGUGGACCCAAAGAAGUAUCAAAUCACAUACUUUGGUCAUCACACCUGCAGGGAAAUAGUGAUCAAAGCUCCCGAAUUCAUUUCAGAGUCCGAUCCAGUGGACUCGUACGUCCUUAAUUUUGAAUCAGAGGUCCCGAUUGGCCAACAAGAUCAUCCAUCCAUUCCAUUAUCGGUCGUCCCCUCCUCGAUUAAAAAAGAAUCUAUGGAGGAGACACACAGCGGCAAUCUGUCUGACAAUUUGUCAUCGUUGGAUUCGAUGGUGUGGCCCGAUCUAACGCCUCUGGAAUCGUUUUGUGGCCAGGAAGAUGUGACUUCUAAUAAUGCUUAUUCAUGUGCAUCAACUAGUUCUUAUGGUUUGGACAUGGACUUCUUGAGUAGGGCUGGUGAUUUGGACAUUGAUUUUCAAUUUGAUGAGAUUAAGUUCUAACUUAUUAUAGUAUUUCAGCUUUUGUAAAGUAAAAGUAAGGGGCUCUCUCUAUCAUGCCAUGUGAGAUUAUUGUACUACUGUAAUUGUGUCUCUCGCCUACUUUCCUCGAAAGAAAAUGCUUGUUUAUCA